CCGAGGACGACCCAUGGUGUCGGAGAUCCGCAAGAUCCGCAGCAUCACGCGCAACGCGCUCAAGCCGUGUUUUGAGAACCCGCCGCCGAUGCCCCACGUCAAGUGCAAGCGACUGCGCGAGCUCCACUUGUUAUCACGCCAUAUUUACGAACUCGAGAUCAAGCUGCGGCGCCUCCAAGGCCGGCGCUCGACCUUGCUGCCGUGGAAGGAAGUGAGCUCUGCGCUCGCCGAAGACACGCUCCGCAACGUGCGCGACAACCGCAGUCUCAAGGUCGAGCUCGAGCACCACCGACGGCUCACCACGUUUCUCCGCACAUGGGUCGAUGGGCUCACGCCGAUCCCGCGGUCGCCCCGGUCGUCUUCGGACAGCUGGCAACACUCGCAGCUCAUCGCAGGCGAUGCCACCGCCCGGCGCACUGCGUACGAGUGGAUCGCCCGGCAAGCGUACUGCAGCACGGAAGCCGCGAUGGCCCACGUUUGCUUUCCGGGCCACGCUGCAGGUGACAUUGCAGUUGACGUCGAAUGGGUCGAUGGACUCCUGCACGUCAAUGUCAUGACCCAGCGCGUGCUGCCGUACAGCCUCGCGACUGUCUCCAAGAGUCUCUGGGUCGCCGAUAAGACAUUUGUGCAGUUUGCCCACGGCCGACCGCUGAGCGAGUACCGGCACGAGCUCCACGUCGUGAGCGACGAACUCGAGUACGUCCAAGAAGAGAUGGGUCCCGGGACCCGCCAGAUUUUCGACAAUGUGCUCUACGCGCGGUUCCAUGAGCCGACGCGGACCGUCCUCGUCAUGCGGUCGAUCCUCAAGGACGAGCUCUUUCCGAUUGACGCGGCAACGUGGACCGUCGACACGAAACAAUGGAUGGUGGCCGACAAGCUCGACGACGGCCACACGCUGUGCCGCACCUACUACUCCAUCAAGCACCCGAGCACCGAGGCGGGCCACGUCCCGUUGCGAGAUCUCGCGACGUGUUUCUGCCAUGCACCGACAAGCGACGCGGAAGCGGAGAAGAUGCUGCGCGACCGCUUCCUCCUCGUCCAGCGUGUUGAGCGCGAAAAGUUUGCCAUGCAUUUGGACGCGGUGCUUCUCGAGCACGAGACGGCCGGCGUUGCAUCCGAAAUGGUGGCCUAACAAACGACGAUAUU